GGAGGGGUGGGAGCCCCUUUAAAAGCCCUGCUGGGCCCCGUGCUAUGGGUGCAAGGUGAGCAGAGAGCGGGUGCCGUCGGCUCCCAUUGACCGUGCUGAGGAGCGGGGACAGACGGACACAGCGGGACCCACGCGGGCGCUGAGGCAGCCAUGGCCGAGUGCACGGAGCUGGAAUGGGCCGUCCAGGUGCUGGUGAACAACUUUGACAAGUACUCGAGCCGCCGCUGCUGCUGCAAGAAGCCGCGGCGCAUCAGCAAGAAGGACUUCCGCAAGAUGCUGAGCUGCGAGCUCAACCACAUGCUCACGGACACUGGGAACCGCCGGGCGGCCGAUAAGCUCAUCUGUGACCUGGAUGAGAACAAGGACGGGCGCAUCAGCUUCGAGGAGUACUGGACCUUGAUAGGCGGCAUCGCCAGCCCCAUCGCCCAGAUCAUCCGCCAGCAGGAGCAGAGCGUCAAGCACACCAAGUAGCCAAGCCCCCAGCAUCACCUCCCGCUCCUCCAUAGCUCCCUGCUUCUCCCCCCCCAAUCCCAUUGCUAAGCCCUGCCCCGAGCCCCAGCUCGCCCCCGAGCACCCUGGUCUCCCAGAGCCACGCCAGGGUGUGAUGGG